AUGGCAAAACUCACUGAUGAUGCCGACUACGAUGCCGGCGAAACAUUUGAGAAUGUAUCAAGUGCCUGUCGGAUGCUGGGAAUCAUGACAACUACUAUGGCAGACGACUUUGGACUAGGUGCGUUCUACAUGGUCUCCCUGAAAACAAGAUCAAGUUGCGAAAACGAGGUCAACCCACUUCUACAAAGUGGGAAUUUGCUGGUAAGUUUUGAUGUUGAGUCUAUGUACACUAACAUCUCUGUAGAUGAAGCCAUACGGGCCCGGCAAUGCACACUAUACCAACAUGCGGAGAUUUUAAUGAGCACGAAGUAA